AUGCCAACUCUCAAAUUGAUACUAGUCGAAGGCAAGAACUUACCAAUUGCCGAUUUGAAAAGCAGCGAUCCAUACGUGAAAAUGAAAACCGAAAGAUCAGAAGUAAAAUCAACAACCAUCAAACAAAAUCAUCUUCAUCCUGUGUGGAAUGAAACCUUUACUUUUGAAAUUGAUAACCCCAAGAUGAGUUCAAUGGAAUUGAAAGUUUUUGAUUGGGACCGACUCAGUGCCGAUGAUGAAAUUGGACAGUAUAAAAUCAUGUCCUUCUCCAACUUUAAAAAAGGUGUGGAAAAUGACUUGUGGCUGAACUUGACAGUUCCAUCGUCAGCAAAAGUUUCCGAUCCAACACAACCUUCUCAACUGCACUUGAAAAUUGUUCCUGUUGAUUUUGGAAAAGAAUAA